AAUCAAAGAAUUGAGUUACAAACAGAUCAAGGAAUAUACACUAUGCUGAGGAUCAUGGAAGAGAGGAAGUGGGUGACACUGCACCUUAUGGUGGUUUUGUUGAUGAUGGCAUCUACAUUGAAAGUUUCCAAAGGCAUUAGCCUGUGUAACAUGAACGAGGAUGGAAUCAUGGCUUGUAAGCCAUCAGUGACUAAACCGAACCCGGUUGAUCCAUCCCCUGAGUGUUGCCAGGCUCUUACUGGUGCUGAUUUGAAAUGCCUUUGCUCUUACAAGAACUCAUCAGAGCUACCUCUUCUUGGAAUUGACCCAACUCUUGCUGUUUCACUUCCUGCCAAGUGCAAUCUCACUCCCCCAGAUGAUUGCUGAGGACUGAGGAGCUUCUCUAGUAUGCUGGGUGUGUGUCUCCCUUUUCUGCCAAUGGCGUAGCGUUAUUAAAAUAAAAUGUAUUGAUUAAUGUAUUCAAUUUGCAAUGUAUGCAAAUAUAUUUUAUUUAGUGGUACAAUGUUAGUCUA